AUGGCCGACUUUCCCCCCAAAGCGUCCGACAGGAGUGACACCGAGAGCUCUGGCGGCGACAGCGAGUGGCAGGAUGUCGAGCCCGAUGAGGAAACAUCUACGGUGGUGUCCUUUUUCGACCAGCAGACCUUCGCUUCGCCCACCGAGAUGCUGGCGCACAGCAAGGAGAAGCACGGGUUCGAUUUUCUGACGACUCAGCGACGCCUGAACCUGGACUUUUACGGCGCCAUCAAGCUGGUCAACUAUGUUCGCUAUCAGGUCCAGCAGGGCCAGUCACUCCCAGCAGAGAUCACUCUUGCCGACCUCGAGCAUGAGCGGUACCUGAAGCCCGUCCUUGAAAACGAUGCACUCUUGUUCUCCCUGGACGACGUCCUCGAGGCCAACCAGAGCGAGGACAAUUCCUCACUGGACGCAGCCUCAGCGAAUGCGUUGCUGACUCACAACAAGGAGCUUGAGGAGGAGCUCGAGGCCAUGCGCAACCAGUUCGCCAACUACCGCCUGGCAGUAGAGCAGACCCUUGAUCGCAGAUGGGGCGACGACGAAGAACCUAAACCAGGCGCUGUUACCCCAAAGAAGGACAAUUCCGAAUAUUAUUUCGAAUCUUACGCUGCACACGAAAUCCAUGAAACCAUGCUCAAGGAUGCUGUUCGAACAGACGCAUACCGUGAUUUCAUGUACAACAACAAGGACAUAUUCAAAGGCAAGGUCGUGCUUGACAUUGGCUGUGGUACCGGUAUUCUGAGCAUGUUUUGCGCCAAAGCUGGUGCCAGCCGUGUCAUUGCAGUGGAUAAGUCAGACAUCAUUCUCAAGGCAAGAGAAAACAUCUUCAACAAUGGCCUGUCUGACACCAUCACCUGUGUCAAGGGGGCCAUGGAGGAGGUCGUCCUCCCCGUUGACCAAGUCGACAUCAUUGUGAGCGAGUGGAUGGGCUACUUCCUCCUCUACGAGGCCAUGCUCCCCAGCGUUUUGUACGCCCGAGACAAGUAUCUACGACCUGGCGGCAUCAUCGCGCCAAGCUCCAUGACCAUGUGGAUGGCGCCUGUUGCCGACCCGGAGUUCGUGUCGGACCAUAUCAACUAUUGGAAGGACGUGUACGGAUUCAACAUGAAGGCAAUGCAAGAGGGAAUCUACGACGAAGCUCGAGUGGAAGUAUUGCCCAAGGAAUCUAUCUGCGGCAAGCCCUACCCCUUUAAAGUCCUUGAUUUGCGCACCGUGACAACGCAAGACCUGUCGUUCACGGCCAAGUGGGAAUCUAGCCUCACCAAAGAUAUUGAUGAAUUGGACGGUUUUGCGAUCUGGUUCGACAACUUCUUCGCAACUUCGGCAGAUGAGCCCGUGCCCGAGGCUGAGACUCUCCCAGACACAUUUGCCAAGCAGAAACCUGGAAAUGUCGGGUUCAGCACCGGACCGUUUGACACGCCCACCCACUGGAAGCAGGGGCUUCUGCUCAUCAAUCCCGAUGGAUCAUACAAGGACCUUGCUGCGCAGACCAAGCUUGCAGGAGAGGUCACAUACGCUGUUGCCGAAGACAACAAAAGAGCGCUCUCUAUUGGCGCUGCAUGGAAUCUAAACGGCGAGAAGCCAAGAACACAAUCAUGGAAGAUGAAAUAG